AUGGGCCGCUGCUCCAUUGCACGCCAAAAGAACGCGAGAUGCUUGAGCAGCUCGCUGACACACCAGGAUGCUUCUGUGCGCUUGGCAGCCGCGCAGGCUUGCGGGGAGCUCGGCAGCGACUGCGGCCAGGAACAUUUGAGUGCCCUUUCCAUGCGAACGACUGAUCCACAGGCCAAAGUGCGGCGUGCUGCGAUACAGGCCCUUGGCCGGAUUGGUCCUGCAGGUGCUGUGGAGAUACCAGCCUUUUUCAGAGACCAGGACGAUGGCAUUCGCCACUUUGCUGCAGAAACACUGGGUGCUGCCGGCGAUGAGGCUGCUGCUGCCGUCUGUGCCGAGCAGCUGAAGACGGCUGGACCUGAUGUGAAGCGAUCAGCCUUGUUGGCACUGGGUCGCAUGAAACUUGUGGCCUGGGCGCCUCAGGUCGCUGGCUGUUUGCACGACAGCGAUCUUGCAACACGCUUGGCAGCCAUUCAGGCCUUAAGCGACCUGAAAGCAGAGGAGCAUGCCGAGGAACUCGAGGCAUUGGCAGUGGAUGGAAACAAGGGUGUGCGCCAGGCUGCCGUUGCAGCCCUGGCAAAGAUGGGUAGUUCUGGAGCACGUUGGGCUACCAGCUUUUUGGAGGAUGAGGAUCCAGCGGUUCGACAAUCCGCAGUGCGAGUCUACAGCCCCCUGCACUCCAAGUUGAAGGCUUCUUUGGCAAAACCAUACGCGGAGAUGGUGGCUCGACGGUUGUUGGACGAGGACUGGCGGGUGCGCUUGGCGGCCGUGGUGGCCCUGGGCGAUCUGGAUGCCCAGAGCUACGUGGAGCAGCUUGGGGCCUUGAAAGGCGAUCCAGACAACCAGGUGCGGCGAAGUGUCCGGGGACCUAGACUUCCCCAAGAAGAAGACUGGACGACAGUGGACGCGGCGAACAUGGAAGAAGCCAGCUGGGUUGAAUCUCUUGGCUUCCUCAAGGACUUCGAGGUGCGCCGUCGUGCGGCCUUUGGGGAGUGGCUCGAAGGCUUCAAAGCACGCCUGGCCACGGAGCGGCGCAAGGCCACCUCCUCGCAGCUCUUGGUGGCACAGGUGAAGGCCCAAAUCCGAGAGCGUGCUGAGUUGGACGAGGAUGUCAGCAAACGCAUCAGCAAGUUCGCUGCACGGGAGCUUUCUCGUACAGAAGACUGGUGUACAGAAGAUCGUGCAGAUGCUGACUUCUUGUCCUCGGUGCAGCUUGAAUGUGCCAAGCAACUGGCUGAAGCUAGUAGUUCCUUUCGGGUCCUGUUGGAGAACAGCGAGAACUUCAAGGACAUGGAAACCUUGAGCAGGGACGGCUUCAAAACCAUCGCUCUCGCGGAGCAAACAGUCAGAGAUGCAGAGGCCAAGCACACAGACUGCAUUGCAGCUUGGGGAAAGCAUGAAUCGCUGUGCCGGCAGCAGUUGGGCUCCAGAGACCUGACCGGACUCUGGAAAUCGGAAGCAUCGUACCGGAAGAGCGUGGCCAAGUUUGCGGAUGCCGCAGAUGCCGCGCACCAGAAGGCCGCAGGCUUGGCGCGACAACUGAGAGAGGAGGCCGAACGAUUCCGGGCUCUCACCAAGAGUGUGUUGUCCGAUGUGGCUGCUUGCACCGCGGCCAGCUACAACACACUGGCCAGAACGGCCAACGAGGCCAGCCCGUAUCGGCAGCAAGCGAUGGAGACGCGGGUGCCGUCAAUCCCGCAUUGGCAGCGCCCAGUUCCGCCAGCAUCAGCACUGACUUUGAGAGAAUGCCCUGCCGAAAGACAGGCAGGGCUUCUGCGACAUUGGCAGAGCUGCCACUUGCUUUUGACCAAAGAAGGCUCUGUGCAUUGUUAUGAUGGUGCUGAUACUGCAAGGACUUCUCCUGUUUGGUCAGGGCGACCCAGCCAUGAAGGUGGGUCUUUGUCAGUAGACCCAGCUGCUCAGACACUGACCCUCUAUCCUGCACGAGAGUGGUUGAAACAGCGCUGGAGCCUCACAGUUCGGCUCCCCAGCGAGGAGCUCUGCGAAUGGGAGAAGCUCCUUGCAGCCUGGUGGCCUUCGGGUGACCCCGAAGAGCCACCGGUGGACGCGCAGCACUUCUCGGAUUCGCUUCCACCGGCGGAGUCGCCCACAGCAGAUCCGGAGCUUCCGGAUCCGACGGAGCCAACGGAGCCGGAGCUUCCAGGUGAAGGUGGUGAAGGUGUCAACGAGGCUCCAGAGGCGACCCCAAGUGAACAGGAGGGCCAUCCAUUUACCUGA